AUGCCGACCACGUAUGCGGGACGAGCGGUAUCGAUAUUUGUACGCUUAACUGGCAUAGUCACAAUAGCCUUGUUAGCAGCGAUUAUUGUACAAAAACUAGACUUUAGUCGUCCUGAAAAAUAUGUUCAUAUUUUUGUGCUCAAUACUGAACUGGCUAAACAAGAGACCGUAAAUCAAGUAUGUCCAACAGCUAAGAUACGAAUAAUCCCUAUCAAAAGUGACUGGCGUUGGAUUGAGAAUGGCUAUCGAAUGGUUACAAGUCUGUAUCUGUUUUGUUUUAUCCUUAACAUUGCAGCCGUUGGUAGUAUCAAAUAUUUCAAUACACACAGAAAACUAAUCAAAUCAAUCGAUGCGAUCAGACGUCUUCGAGAUGAACAACGAAAACUGAUUGAUAGUACAACUACAAUAGCCGAAUUAUUUCAAGUACAAAAGACCACGAGUAAACGAACAGAUAACGUUCGACAACAAAUUGCUCAUUUAGAAUCGAAAAUGGAACACAUGGAGCAACAAUUAACGACAUUAAAUACCAACGUACAAUUGAUUUGUAGUAAACUCAAUAACGAAACAGCUAAAGAGUGA